GUGGCUCUGACAUUCUACUGCCUGACCACAUGCAUUAUUUUUGAACUGGCCCCCAGGGUCCUGUCUUUAGCCCUGCCUCUAAACUGUUUCUUGGAUUCAACCUACGUGGGUUUCUCAUUCUCUCAUCCAGCUCCACGGCCACAUAGGGACAUUUCCACCACCAUCACUCUUUUGGAAACUGGUUGCCUGGUUUCAUCGGGGGGCACAUGAUGUCUCUGCCAUUUUAUCAGAAAUUCCACGAGCAGUAUGAUGGCAGCUACCGCAACAGGGACCUUCGCACCAUUACGAGCCAGUACCGUGAGCAGGAGAAGAAAAGUUCUGCCAUCUACACCCACGGCUCCACGGCCUACAGCAGCCGCUCAUCGGCUGCGCACCGCCAGGAAUCCCAGGCCUUCAGCCAGGCGUUGGCGGCCUCCUACCAGCAGCAGGCGUCCAGGGCCACCGAGUCCACCCUCGCGUCGGCAGUCAGUAGGAAGGCCACCUCAGCCUACGAUUAUGGCUACUCCCACGGACUUACAGAUUCUAGUUUAAUGUUAGAAGAUUAUUCAUCCAAGUUCAGCCCCCAAACAAAGAGAGCCAAGAAAAGCCUUCUCUCUGGGGAGGAGAAGGAAAAUCUGCCAAGUGACUAUAUGGUGCCCAUUUUCUCAGGACGCCAAGUUCAUGUCAGUGGAAUUACAGACACAGAAGAAGAAAGAAUUAAAGAAGUUGCUGCUUAUAUAGCUCAGAGGAAUCUUCUUGCUAGUGAGGAAGGAAUCACAACAUCCAAACAGUCCACAGUAUCAAAACAGUCUACGUCCACUCUUCACCAAGAGGAAGCUUUUGAGAAGAAGUCGAGAAAAGUUGCAAUUCGAGAAAAAGCAGAACACCUGUCACUGAGAAAAACAUUAGAAGAAACUGAAGCAUUUCAUAGAAAGUUGAAUGAAGAUCAUCUUCUCCAUGCUCCUGAGUUUGUCAUUAAACCUCGUUCUCACACUGUUUGGGAGAAAGAAAAUGUAAAAUUACACUGCUCUGUAUCAGGCUGGCCAGAACCUCGUGUCACAUGGUAUAAAAACCAGGUGCCAAUAAAUGUCCAUGCAAACCCUGGAAAGUAUAUUAUUGAAAGUCGAUAUGGAAUGCACACGCUGGAGAUUAACACAUGUGACUUUGAAGACACUGCUCAGUACCGGGCUUCGGCAAUGAAUGUUAAAGGAGAGCUUUCAGCAUAUGCCUCGGUUGUGGUAAAGAGAUAUAAGGGAGAGUUUGAUGAGACUCGCUUCCAUGCCGGGGCUUCCACCAUGCCCCUCAGCUUUGCCGUGACCCCUUAUGGUUAUGCAUCCAAGUUUGAGAUUCACUUUGAUGAGAAGUUUGAUGUGUCAUUUGGGAGAGAGGGCGAGACGCUAAGUCUAGGCUGCCGUGUAGUUAUCACUCCUGAAAUUAAACAUUUCCAACCAGAGAUCCAGUGGUACAGAAAUGGAGCACCUGUUUCUUCAUCAAAAUGGGUGCAAACACAUUGGAGUGGAGAUCGGGCAACACUGGUAUUUUCUCAUCUCAACAAAGAAGAUGAAGGCCUCUACACAAUCCGUGUACGAAUGGGGGAAUAUUAUGAACAAUAUAGUGCUUAUGUCUUUGUUCGAGAUGCUGAUGCAGAGAUUGAAGGAGCCCCAGCCUCUCCCUUGGAUGUGGUGUGCUUGGAUGCCAACAAAGAUUAUAUCAUCAUUUCUUGGAAACAGCCAGCUGCGGAUGGAGGGAGUCCUAUUCUGGGAUAUUUUAUUGAUAAAUGUGAGGUGGGCACAGAUAGCUGGUCUCAAUGCAAUGACACACCUGUGAAGUUUGCUCGUUUCCCAGUCACUGGAUUGAUAGAAGGUCGUUCUUAUAUAUUCCGAGUUCGAGCUGUGAAUAAAACUGGAAUAGGUCUACCAUCGCGUGUUUCUGAGCCUGUGGCUGCCCUGGAUCCAGCUGAAAAAGCUAGACUUAAAAGUCGCCCUUCAGCACCCUGGACUGGGCAGAUCAUUGUCACUGAAGAGGAACCUACAGAGGGUAUUAUUCCUGGACCUCCCACAGACCUCUCUGUCACUGAGGCUACCCGGAGCUAUGUGGUGCUAAGCUGGAAGCCCCCUGGCCAGCGUGGCCAUGAGGGCAUUCUGUACUUUGUGGAAAAGUGUGAAGCAGGAACAGAAAACUGGCAGCGGGUGAAUACAGAACUCCCCGUGAAGUCUCCCCGCUUUGCUCUGUUCGACUUGGCUGAGGGGAAAUCCUACCGUUUCCGCGUCCGCUGUUCUAAUUCAGCAGGAGUUGGUGAGCCCUCAGAGGCAACAGAAGCGACCGUGGUAGGGGACAAACUUGAUAUCCCCAAGGCCCCGGGCAAAAUCAUCCCAAGCAGAAAUACAGACACAUCAGUCAUAGUUACAUGGGAGGAACCCAAAGAUGCUAAAGAGCUGGUUGGUUACUACAUAGAGUCCAGCAUUGUUGGCUCUGGCAAGUGGGAGCCCUGCAACAACAACCCUGUGAAGGGCUCACGAUUUACUUGCCAUGGGUUGGCGACUGGUCAGAAUUACAUUUUCCGGGUCCGAGCAGUUAAUGCAGCUGGGCUUAGUGACUAUUCAGAGGAUUCAGAAGCGAUCGAAGUAAAAGCUGCUAUUGGGGGAGGAGUGUCUCCAGAUGUGUGGCCUGAACUGAGUGAUGCACCUGGUGGACUAACAGACUCCAGGGGAGGCAUGCAUGAAACCUCCCAGCCAACUAUUAAGAAAGAUGCUUUACUUGGUAGCAAACUUAACAAAUCUUCACUACCCAGUAGCUCUCACAACCUGGGCCAAACUGAAGUGAGUAAAGUAAGUGAAACAGUUCAGGAAGAGCUUACCCCAUCACCAGAGAAAGCAGCUCUUAAGGGGAAAAGUAAGUCUGAUCCCCUGAAAAAGAAGAAAGAUAUAGCGGCACCAUCUCCACCCUAUGAUAUCACUUGUCUUGAAAGUUGUCGUGACUCAAUGGUUCUUGGAUGGAAACAACCAGAUAAGAGUGGAGGUGCUGAAAUUACUGGCUAUUAUGUGAACUAUCGUGAGGUAAUUGAUGGGGUACCAGGAAAAUGGAGAGAAGCCAACAUCAAAGCUGUCAGUGAAGAGGCCUAUAAGAUUAGCAACCUAAAGGAAAAUACGGUGUAUCAAUUCCAAGUGACAGCCAUGAACAUCGCUGGAUUGGGAGUGCCCUCAGCAGUAAGCGAGUGCUUUAAAUGUGAAGAGUGGACCAUUGCUGUUCCAGGACCUCCACACAAUCUCAAGUAUAGUGAAGUCAGGAAAACCUCCCUGGUUCUGCAGUGGAAGCCUCCCAUCCAUUCUGGACGAACUCCGGUCACUGGUUACUUUGUGGAUAUGAAGGAGGCCAAAGCCAAAGAUGACCAGUGGCGUGGACUCAAUGAGGUGGCUAUUAAAAACAAAUACCUGAAGGUGCAAGACCUCAAGGAGGGUGUCAGCUACGUGUUCCGUGUCCGAGCCAUAAACCAGGCAGGUGUUGGCAAGCCAUCUGACCUUGCUGGGCCUGUUGUGGCAGAAACUCGUCCAGGAACCAAAGAGCUUGUUGUAAGUGUGGAUGAUGAUGGAGUCAUUUCCUUGAACUUUGAAUGUGAUCAGAUGACUCCAAAUUCUGAGUUCAUCUGGUCCAAAGAUUAUGUACCCACUGAAGAUUCUCCACGUUUGGAAGUUGAAAGCAAAGGCAACAAGACGAAAAUGACCUUCAAAGACCUUGGGAUGGAAGACUUGGGCAUUUACUCCUGUGAUGUAACGGACACUGAUGGAAUAGCAUCAAGCUACUUCAUAGAUGAGGAAGAGUUGAAACGUUUGCUUGCUCUCAGCCAAGAACACAAGUUCCCAACUGUUCCAGUUAAGUCAGAGUUGGCAGUUGAAAUUUUGGAGAAAGGCCAGGUCCGGUUUUGGAUGCAGGCUGAGAAGCUGUCUGGCAAUAGUAAAGUCAACUACAUAUUUAACGACAAGGAAAUUUUUGAAGGGCCGAAAUAUAAGAUGCAUAUUGACCGAAACACUGGUAUAAUUGAAAUGUUCAUGGAAAAGCUACAGGAUGAGGAUGAGGGAACAUACACUUUUCAGCUUCAAGAUGGAAGAGCAACUGGCCAUUCUACUCUUGUUCUCAUUGGAGAUGUUUAUAAAAAGCUCCAGAAAGAAGCUGAAUUCCAGAGGCAAGAAUGGAUCAGGAAACAAGGUCCACAUUUUGCUGAGUAUUUGAGCUGGGAAGUGACUGGUGAAUGUAAUGUACUAUUGAAAUGCAAGGUGGCAAACAUUAAGAAGGAGACUCUUAUCAUGUGGUACAAAGACGAGAGGGAGAUAUCAGUGGAUGAAAAGCAUGACUUUAAGGAUGGUAUAUGUACCCUGCUUAUAACAGAGUUUUCCAAGAAAGAUGCUGGGACUUAUGAAGUUGUCCUGAAAGAUGACAGAGGAAAAGAUAAGAGCAGAUUGAAGCUUGUGGAUGAAGCCUUUAAAGAACUGAUGAGUGAAGUAUGUAAAAAAAUAGCUUUGUCUGCUACAGACUUGAAGAUCCAGAGCACAGCUGAGGGCAUCCGGCUAUACUCUUUUGUUACCUACUACCUGGAUGAUCUAAAAGUUAACUGGUCCCACAAUGAGACUGCCAUUAAGUACACAGACAGAGUUAAGAGUGGGGUCACCGGGGAGCAGAUCUGGCUGCAAAUCAAUGAGCCCACUCCAAAUGAUAAAGGAAAAUAUGUAAUGGAGCUCUUUGAUGGCAAAACGGGACACCAGAAGACAGUGGAUCUUUCAGGAGAAGCAUAUGACGAAGCCUUUGCCGAAUUUCAGAGAUUAAAACAAGCUGCCAUUGCCGAGAAAAAUCGCGCCCGGGUGUUGGGCGGUCUCCCUGACGUGGUCACUAUCCAGGAAGGCAAGGCACUUAAUCUCACUUGCACUGUGUGGGGCGACCCAACUCCGGAGAUCUCGUGGUUGAAGAAUGAGAAGUCCCUAGCCUCGGAUGACCACUGCAACCUCAGGCUCGAAGCCGGCAAGACCGCCUACUUCACCAUCAGCGGGGUGACCACCUCCGACUCUGGCAAAUACGGGCUGGUUGUGAAGAACAAGUAUGGCUCGGAGACCAGCGACUUCACCAUCAGUGUGUUCAUCCCAGAGGAGGAGGCCAGGAUUGCCUCUGCGAAGCCUCAGAAAGGCAAUAAGCAGUCCAAGUGACCUGAGACCUCCAGGAGGGCGUGUGAGGACUGCUGUGCUGUGCAGGUGGUGUGGGCUAAGUGCGAGGAAGUCUUCAUGCUUUCUACUCUCUACUUUUGUGCUGGCUUGGGGGGGAAAUUAUCAAAUCUUUUAUUCAUAUAAAAAAAAAAGGCACCAACUAACAUUUUGAGAGUUUUUCUUUACAAGUCAUGUGUUAAGACAAUACCAUUGGUAGCACAAAUAUUAGGAAACAGUUUUAAGGAAAAGACCAGAAUAAAGUUAGAGGGAUGUUGAAUGAUGAUGGUAGGAGACCAGACAAAUGUGUCGUGGAGCAGUUUGGACUUGGCUAUACUUUUUUCAGUAACUUCUCAUGGAUUGCAAUUAUACUUCAGCAUCCUAUCAAGAUGGAUACUAGUUGUUAAGCCAACCGGUAUGUUUCAUGUGUUGUUGUGACAGUGAUGUACAUUUCUGUUGGCAGUCUUGUGAUUUGGAACCUCCUGAGUAUUAAUAAACAGCCCUCACACCUUU